AAAUAUGCCGACGCGAUGACCUGUGCGCGUGCAUCUCUCUCUCCGUCUCUUCGGCCUAACCUUUCCGAGUUCGCACUGAUCGUAGAGAGAGAGAGAGAGAUGCUGGAAAACCCUACACCAACUCUACAAGCAGCAGAUACAACCAUCAAGCGCUAUGCUCCUCCUAAUCAAAGGAAUCGUCCUCAGAACAGGCGCAAGUCGGCAGAUCGGUUUGAAAGACCAAGCAAUCUUUACGGAAAUGAUUUAGAGAAGAAUCAAGUUGCCGUUUCAAGAAAUUUCUCUACCAUUGAUCAUGGGGAUUCGGUGAGCGGCAAUCUUCUGAAUGAAACCCCUCGUUCGGGAUUAAUAACUUUAGAAGGGUGCUGUAGCAGUGAAGCUUCUCGACUCUUGAAUGAACGUUGGGCAGCUGCAUUGCAUCACUAUAAUAAUCCAUCAACAGAUUUAUCUGAGAGACCAGUUAUGUACUCGGGAAGUGCUUUAUCCGCAUCGGGUGGUCAAUUUAGACUUCCACAUCAGAUAAUGGCUCCACCUUCCGGUUCACAGAUGGACUUCUUGGGUGAACUUCGCCGUGCUAUGCGCAAUGCAAAUGCCAAUUUGGGCAAUUAACACUCCUGAUACAUGGAUCUGCAUUUGUAGAUUACUUUCGUAACUCAAUUUCAGUAUUAUCUUAUGGCCAAAAAACAAAAAUCAGUACCACCCUCUUAUCCUCUUGUUUGUGUUCAUCAAAA